AUCAACUGGCCCUAACCGAAAUUUCCCAAAUCUUCACCUGUUGAAAAAUUAGGGUUUUUCAUUUUCUAGGGUUUUGCAUUCGGUUCGUUGGUGAAAUUGAACCGAUGGGUCGGUCCCGCGCGGUCUCUCAGGCCGCCGUUGACAAUCACAAUCAGAUUAGGGGAAAAAGAAAGAGAACGGCUUCGGGGGCGGAGGUGGCGGAGAACAGUAGCACAGCUCAGAAACCUGUGGCCCAAGAAAUCAGCGAACCCAAAGGUGCUUUCUACCUUUGCAAUUACUGCAACAAAGAUAUGUCUGGGAAAAUUCGGAUAAAGUGUGUGGUGUGUCCAGAUUUUGACCUUUGCAUUGAGUGCUUCUCUGUUGAAGCUGAGCUUACACCUCACAAAUGCAAUCACCCUUACAGGGUUAUGGACAAUUUGGCUUUUCCACUUAUUUGUCCAGACUGGAAUGUAGAUGAAGAGAUGCUACUGCUCGAGGGUAUUGAAAUGUAUGGAUUUGGGAAUUGGACUGAAGUUUCUGAACAUGUUGGAACGAAAACCAGACAACAAUGUAUUGAUCAUUAUAAAGCUAUAUAUAUGAACUCUCCAUACUUUCCUCUCCCAGACAUGUCUCAUGUUAUGGGAAAGAGCAGAGAGGAGCUUCUUGCUUUGGCUAAGGGGUCUGAUGAAAUCAAGAAAGAAGUUCCCAUGCUUGUGGAGAUUACAUUGAAAGAAGUGUCCCUUUUCUGCAGGAAUCAAGUAUGGUUUUUUUUUAUUAUAUUCUGUAUCUACGUUAGUAUCAAGCGCUUAUGUGAAGAAUCAAAGAAGAAUCCAACUUCCAAAUCAUCGUCCCACUCAACUGCUGAUGUUGCCAAAGGGUUGGUCCCAGGUGCUGUAAAGAAGGCAUCCAAUAAAAAGCAGAUUAAGGACGAGACUAAAGUCAGUAAAGUGGAAGCAGAAACUCAGGUUGACCGAAGCGUUGGAGAAAAAAAACUAAGGAGUUUAGUGGAAGAGGGACCUUCUAUGACAGAACUAUGUGGCUAUAAUUUCAAGAGGCAAGAGUUUGAAAUUGAAUAUGACAAUGAUGCUGAGCAGAUUCUGGCAGAUAUGGAAUUCAAGGAUACUGACACUAAUGCUGACCGUGAAUUGAAACUACGAGUUUUGCAUGUCUACGCAAACCGCCUUGAUGAGAGGAAACGUAGGAAGAAUUUCGUACUUGAAAGAAAUCUGCUUUACCCCGACCCUUUUGAGAAGGGCCUUGCACCUGAAGAAAGAGAAGUAUACAAGCGUUUCAAAGUUUUCAUGCGGUUCCACUCAAGUGAAGAGCACAAGGAAUUGCUUAAGAAUAUCAUUGAGGAACAACAUAUUGUCAAAAGAAUACUGAAUCUUCAGGUCUGAAUGCAUGCCUUACGCGUCGCUUCUGUUUCCUAUUACCUUAUUUCCCUCUCUAUACAGUGGGUUGCUCUCGUUGAGUAAAUAACGGGAACAAGACUACAUUAUGUUUGUCACAUGCUUUUACAUGAUUCUAAGUAAAAAGUACAAUGGCUUCCCACGGUUAAUACGACUAGCUUAAAUUACCCCAUAAUCAGCCAUUCAACACUUUU